GAGUGGAAGCAUCUCCGCCUCUCGUCCAGCGCCCUGCCGCCCUAGGCACCAAAACCUCGCAAGGCAACCGCCCGCCGGCGCCGCCGUCGUAGCAAGAGAGUCAGCUGAGGAUCAGAGGAGGGGGAAGAUGUCGUUCCGGGCGCGGGAGAUGUACAAGAAGGUGGUGCGGCGCGUGGGCGGCGAGGGGAAGCUGCCGGCGGAGCUUAUGAAGUCGGUGAAGGACAUGCUUCCCGACAGCAACGUCAUCAUGGGGCGGGCCAAGCGCGGCAUCUUCGCUGGGCGACACAUCCGGUUCGGGAACAAGGUCUCCGAGGACGGCGGCAACAAAUCAAGGCGAUCAUGGAAGCCAAAUGUUCAGGAGAAGCGUCUUUUCAGCUAUAUUCAUGACCGGCACAUUAGAGUCAAGGUUACCACACAUGCGCUUCGGUGCAUUGACAAAGCUGGUGGGAUAGAUGAAUACCUCCUGAAGACACCUUACAAUAAAAUGGAUACUGAGAUGGGGAUAGUGUGGAAAGCAAAAAUCGAAAAGAUGUAUUCAGAUUUGGGUGAGAUGGAAGUAGGCUUCUUCCCUCCUGAGGAAGAGGCUAAGGUUAAAGAGGGCUUUGACGAGGUUCGUGCUGCCAAGAAGGACUUUCGUAGGGAAGCAAAACGAGCUUUGGCAAAGCAAAGGCAGCUAGAAGCAAGUAGUGCUGGUGAUGACCAAGCGGGUGAAGUCACGCAUACAAAGGAAAAGGUAUCAGCUGCUGCUGCUAAACUCUGAGCUUGGCAAUCAUUGGAUGUCCCUGGGCAAAUAAUGGGAGGCUUGCUGCUUGAUACAAACUGGGGAAGGUUUCUAGUGCAAUAACUAUACCCCUUUUCAGGGAGCAGGCGGUUUAUCUUAAGCCAGCGUAUUGUAAACACUUGUCACGAGGUCGAAAUUUUGUACAAUUUGAAAAUUCAAGAGCCUGAAUUGUGGGGCAGUUUGUAUUGUAGAAUCUAUCAGAGACUCAGAGCUAAAUUGGCUAGAGGUAUGACUCCUAGC